AUGAGAAACUUUUACAUUGAACAAAGUUUGUUACACGCGUCUGUAUGUAAAAACCAGGUCCAUCAUUUCGCGCGCAGUGAUGCAAUUCCCUUGACGCGGUAUUACGCUAUAAAAACAUCAGGGUGCAAAGAAACUUGUUCCUCAGUCUGCUUAUUAUUGUCGUCUACGCUUUAUCGCAAUUUAUCACAAUGUUUGUUAGGUCCAAAACACAAAAAAAGAAACAACAAUAAACGAAAUACUGCCUGUUUGUAUACUAUGACUGCUUUAAUAGCAUGGUACUAUCAAGUUUCUUAUGAUCAUUUCAUUCUAAUCCAACAAAACAGCUUUCUUAUUUUGGAAGAGGCAGACCUUGUUACUAUUCAUUUACUUAAAAUAUUUAGAACCUAUCAUUUUCCUACGAAAAUUAUUGUAUUUUGUUUAACUAAAAGAAUUCACAAAAAAACAACAAAUAAGCGUAAACCUACGGUUAAAUUUAUUCAUAAUUGCAUGGAGCAGAAUAAUUUGGGAUUGAUUUUGGAUGAGUAUAACACUACCAAGAAAAACAAAGAAAAAGAAAAAGAAAAAUUUAAUUAUGGAAAAGAAAACCCUCAAAAAAAUCAAAAAAAGAAAAAAACUCAAAAACAACAACAACAACAACAACAACAACAACAACAACAACAACAACAUCAAAUGCAGCAACAACAACAACAUCAAAUGCAGCAACAACAACAACAUCAAAUGCAGCAACAACAACAACAUCAAAUGCAGCAACAACAACAACAUCAAAUGCAGCAACAACAACAACAUCAAAUGCAGCAACAACAACAACAUCAAAUGCAGCAACAGCAACAACAACAAAUGCAGCAACAGCAACAACAACAAAUGCAGCAACAGCAACAACAACAAAUGCAGCAACAGCAACAACAACAAAUGCAGCAACAGCAACAACAGCAAAUGCAGCAGCAACAACAACAAAUGCAGCAACAGCAACAACAACAACAACAACAGCAGCAGCAACAAGCCCCAAGAGAAGUGUGGAGGAAUGGAGAAAAAUUUAUUCUACAUUCAGUUGUCCGAAGGAAUCCGAGGAGAGCAGUGAAGAGAGUGGCGGAAAAUGAUGGUGCACCAGUGUUGGUUAGAGUUAGGCGGAGGAGGUUAAACCUAGGGGAAAAUCGCGAAGAAGAAAAUGAAAAUAUCCAUAAUGAGGCCUUUGAGCAACCACCACCAAUUGAACCAGUAGCACCCAUGCCAGUGGAGGAGGAAGAUCGACCAUACAUAGUCCCACUUGAUCCUCCUCCAAACUUACAAAAUUGGCUUGAAAACGCACCAGAAUGGCUGAGAUUAUACAUGCGCACACAAGAGGAGAGAGUUUCUGCUUUGGAGGCUCGCGUGGAGGCACUAGAGAAUAACGUACAACAGAGGGGGGCAGCCAGGGAUCGGUCUCCACCACUUUCCAAUCCACCAUCACCCCGUUCCCUUAUUCCUAAUCGUUGUUUACCUGUUCCAAAACUUCCACCAAUACCCCUUUCUUUAUCAUCGUCAUCUGUAACUGUAUGUGCGCCUCGUUGUUUGUCUGUGCCGUGUGUUUCGUUGUCUUCGUCUACGUUAUGUCCAUGUUCGUCCUCCCCGCAGAAUCCACCAUUCCCUUGUGAACACCCUAACUCUCCAGCAUAUUCCCCCGUUCCACCACCAAUCCAGCCAACAAACCAAUCAACACCCAUUUCUUCCAAACGACGUUAUCCCCGCUUCUCAUUCCACACUCCAUCAACACCUCCAGGCCCACCUACACCACCACGCCCACCUACGCCACCAACUCCACCUCAUUUGCCUACUUUCUUUCCUCCGAUAACUUCUAAUCCAACACCAUCUACCCCCCGCCCAUUGUCAUUCCGUGUUAAUCGUCGUCCCGCCCUUUAUAGCCGUCCCACCCCUCCAUAGCCACCUUCUAUUUAAGUUUCUUGUAAGUUUGGUAUGUAAGUGAAAUGAUUGGCUGUGGAGGGACAAUUACUUUUUCUUAAUUUCUAAGAAGUAGUGGUUUAUACUUUGUUCCGUUUUAACCUUAGUGAUACCGAACGUUUUACUAAUGCCUUCAUCUUUUUUCUUGUAAAAGGGAGUAUACGUCGUUACAUGCAGCUGUGUAUUGCAGCAUAAAUGUUUUGCUUUUCUCAACAGUUUUGUAGGAAGACUAAAAUGCAAGUACCCUCAGAGGUUUAUGCAAAUAGAUUUCAUACUUGUGUUCAUUACGUAACAGUGUGAGUUGCUCGUCAUAUCAGUUUUGUCUUCCUGUUUAAGCCAAAUGCUAACAUCCAGAACUAUGAGAAUGUUUCAGAAUGGAGAGAUAAUUCGGGCAUAGAUUGUCUGUUAAACAGAUAGCUUCAUUGAAAAAUAUAUGCAUAAUUAUACGUAUGAGGGGAAAAUUUUAUCCAUUGUCAAAUGUUGAUAACGUUUAUAUGUAUCAUUUUGACUUUUAAAAUUGUAAUAUUUUUGUUAACAUAUAUCA